GCUCUAGAUGUCCGUUUGCGUUUUCGGAUUUUUGUCUACGACGGUCGAUCACAUAUGUAAAGCUUAGAAGAUGACUGCUGGAGGAUUUGAUGCUCGAUUUGUAGACCGAUUACUAGACAAACACACAUGCACGAUAUGCCUUCUGGCUUUGAGAGAACCAACAGUCACCAAAUGUGGCCAUUUGUUUUGUAACGACUGUGUGAGGCCCUUGGCAAGGCGUGACCGCAUUGUGUGUCCUGUAUGUAGAGAGGAACAGAAGGAAUCAGAAAUCUAUCCAAACAACUAUGAUAAAAGACAAAUAAUGAGUCUGAUGAUCUACUGUGAUCAACAAGAGAACGGAUGUGGAUGGAAAGGAGAACUAAGGGAGAGAGAAACACACAACAAUACUUGUGCGUUUGCUGAUGUACUGUGCAGAAAUGAAUGUGAAGAAAUGGUGAUGAAAAAAGAUAUGGAAAAUCACAUGAAGAAAACGUGUGUCAACAGGAAAGUUGAAUGUUGGUACUGUAACACCACAGUGAUAUUUAAAUUUCUGAAUCACCACCAUAGAAAAUGCAAGAUGUUUCCAGUCGCAUGUAAAUUUUGUAAACAGCAAGUGGUUAGAAGAGAGAUGAAUGAACAUGUCAGUAAGGAUGGGACAUGCCCUAACAGACCAUUAGAAUGUGAAUUUAGUGAAGCAGGUUGUCAGUUUACUGGCAAUAGUAAUGAAUUAAAACUUCAUUUGCAAAAUGAGGUUGUAUGUCAUCUUAGUCUUAUGACAAGACACCAGUCCGAUACCAAGUUGUUACUUGCAACAACCAAGUCAUUACUUUCAUCCACAAGAGCUUGUCUUGCUAAAAGAGAAUGUGAACUCGAGAAUUUAAAAUUAGCUAUUACCAAGAAGGGUAGAAUGUCUGUUUCUCAGAGUCAAAUUUGUGUGUUCGAGUGGAAUAUAACCAGUUGGUCAUACUGGAUGACGAAAGCACAAUCAGAUCUACCAGAGUACCAAUCAAUCCAAUCAAAGUCAUUCUACACAGGACCACAAGGAUAUCAUUUGUAUCUUAAACUUUAUCCACUUGGAUACGGUUUCUAUGAAGGAUCUCAUGUCUCAAUGGAUGUAUGUGUACGUAAAGGAGAUUAUGAUGAUCAGCUUCCUAAGAAACAGCACUGCAAGUUUUCAUUCACAUUAGUAGACCAACAACCUGAUGCAAUAAAUGUGGUUGUAAGACGAGAGAAAACGGUUGAACUUAUUCCUGGUAAAUAUUUUGAUGCAACCGAUGACUUUAUAACUCAUGAAACAUUGAAUUCACGAUCCUACAUUCGAAAUAAUGAAAUUGUUAUUCAGUUUUGUCUUCAACUCAAUGUGCUGUAACUUUAAUGCAGAGCAGACUCUUUUAUAAGACUGUAUUGGAGAGGACCCGAAGGAUUGAUCUUCUGCUACAAUAUUAUUUGCUGUCUCAUACUCUCUAUGUUGUGUGUACUAGCUGUUACAGUUUUAGAUCUAAGCAGAUGUGUGGGAUACUCUUUUAUGCAUGACCAUUGUAUUAAUUACUUGGUUGUCUGAGAAGUUGAGUGGUUUUUCAGUAGAUGUGAGUUUGUAGCUACUGUCAUAGGCAGACUGAGGUCUGUACACGUACACUGGAUUGUGUAU